GUCCGCGACUCUUCCCAUUAUUUUUCUCCCGGCGAAUAUACAGCGGGGUGCCUGCGAAAUGCGUACAAAUAUGGACGGCGUUGUGGCCGUGGUUCUGUGCACGCCGCCCCCUCCCCGACGCCAAUACGCCCCGACAUGAGCAACUUCGCCGUUCCUCAGGCUACGCCUCAUGCCUCUUCGAGCAGCCUAGCCGAUGUCGUAGCUGCCAUACCGUCCUUCACGGCCACGCCUCUCUUGCGUCCACUGACCACGUACACGUACACCGAGGAUGGUGUGGUAGAAACCUACGUCUACAUCCGCCAUAAGGACCCAAUCCCCGAGAAUGCGUACUGGGGCGUCUUUGCGCUGAUGGGUCUGGCGACCGUCAUCAACAUUGGUUUCAUUGCAUGGGCGACGUACCGCCGAUAUCAGGUCCGCUGGAAGAAGGACAUUCCUGCGUCCCCGCGGCCCUCCGGUCGACUCUCAAUCCGCCGUCUUCCGCAUGCCAUUUUGUCGGCGUCUCGUAUCUGGGGCUUCCGGCUGCGUAUCCCUUAUGUCGAGAUGACCCUGGUCGAGUUUGCCCUCAGUAUGAUGUACCUAACUGGAUGCCUGGCCUUCACGUACGCCCCCACCGAUUCUGAGAAGCCCGCCGUCCACCUCCUACCAAAUUACUGGGGUGCUAAGGCCGGUCUGCUCGGCGCUGCGCAGAUGCCAUUGGCCGUUUUCCUCGCGCUGAAGAACAACCCUGUCACUUGGCUCACAGGACUGGGGCAUGAGAAGCUCAUUUUGAUGCAUCGCGUUGUCUCCCGAUGCAUCUUCGUCCUGACAUGGCUUCACUUCGUCGGCGAGUACUACCGAUCACCCGAGCUUCUCAUGGACGAAGGUUGGAAAGUGGCCGGCAUGGUCGGAGCCGUCGCACAGACCGUGACCACCAUCUUCGGCAUCAAGCAGAUCCGCCACGCCUAUUACGAGAUCUUCUAUUCAUCUCACGUUGUACUCAUCCUGACGUUCAUCAUAACGAUGCACAUCCACUGCAUCCCCAUGGAGUGCGCGUACUACAUCUGGCCCUGCUACGUCAUCUGGGGCUUCGACCGCCUCUUCCGCGGCUCGCGCUACGUCCUCUUCAACCUCAUCCUGCGCCCGAAGAACCGCAAGGCGCUCAUCGAGGACAUCGGCUCGGACGGCCUCCGCGUCACCCUCAAGCGCCGCAUCCCCGGCGGCUGGAAGGCCGGCCAGCACGUCUUCCUUGCGUUCCCCGGGCUCGGCAUCGAGUCGCACCCCUUCACGAUCGGCAACAUAUAUGAGAAGGAGGAGGGCGGCGACGAGGCGGAGAUGCUGUUCAUCAUCCGCGCGAUGGGCGGUCAGACGCGCAUGCUCAUGAACCGCGCGAUGCCUACGGGGUCGUGCGAGCUGAAUGCGCUCUUCGACGGGCCGUAUGGCCACCCCGAGGAUAUCCGCGCGUUCACGACGUGUAUCUUUAUCGCGGGCGGCACAGGUGUUACAUAUACUGUUGCACGCAUGCACCAGCUGUUCAAGGACAUACACGCGUCGAACGCUCGUGCGAAACGCGUCGUCUUCGUAUGGGCCGUCCGCACCGAGGUCGAGUACAACUGGGUCGCCGCCGACAUCGCCAAAGUCGUCGCCCUCGUCCCCUCCUCCGUCUCCCUCCUCGUCGACAUCUACCUCACCGGCGGCGCGCGCAAGGACCCUGCCCUCGCCGCGCUCCCGCAGCUCGAGAAGGCCUUCGACGUCGAGAAGGACACGAUCCUCACCGCCUCCGCCUCCGCGACGCCCACACGCACCCGCUCCAACACGUCCAGCGACGAGAACGAGAAGGCGGACGCGUCGGGCGCGUCGACGCCCACGAAGCCCGCGCCCGCGUACUUCGCGUCGGGGGCGAACACCCCCACGACCGCCGUCGAUGGCGUGUUCGCGUUCCACCGCCCGGGCAUCGCGCGCAAGGACGGCCGCCCGGACAUGCGGCGCAUCCUCGAGGAGGAGAUCACCGUGUCCGAGGGCGCGGUCGCGGUAGAUGUCUCUGGCCCCGACGGGCUCGUCAACUCCGUGCGCUCCGCGCUCUCGCAGCCGUUCACCGGGCCUAUCGCGACGAUGCGCGGCACGCCCACGGUGCUGCUCAGCGCGGAGCAGUUCCGGAUGUGAUCACCGUCUGCCGCUAGGGUAUGGCGUGAUCGCUUUCUUUGUUUCUUCUUCUUAUGACUCGGAUGACUCGGAGUGCGCCGACGUGCCGGACACGACACGAUACUUACAAAAGGCUUUUGGCUGGAAUAUGUGCAUGCGGAUGUGCGACAUGACUUACGAUGGAGAGAUACGAUAGUACGCCGAAGACGUGCGACUCGGACCAACGAUGCUGUAUCAUAGAACAGUACUGUGUGCGGGCUAGAUAGAGCCCUUAUAGAAUGUUUUCC